AUGCACAAAGUGUCUCAAUUAAUCGACGCGACACGAGAUUCUCUCGACGAUAUGUCGCGGCAGCCCUUGUCUCCGUUGACUAUUAACACCUCCGCGCCGGCAUCACCGGCCAUCUCUUUGUUCUCUACCACAGGACACAACCGCGUUUCGAGUUCCGUCUCUUCCCUCGUAUCGUCAGAUCUCAAGAACUCCAUGGAUAGCCCUAGGAGUUAUUUGACCGGAGUAAAAGAGGAGGAAUCGCGUGACUCAUUGGAAGAGCAAUAUUUCCAACAUUUUGAUUGUGGCAUGAACGACGAGUCAUACUUCCCCAUGGAUAACUCGGAUAACUACGACCUCAGCGAUACUGGAAUGGAAACUACCCCCCUAUCGAAAAAGCGCCGCUCAGAUGACGCAUCGAUGAAGGGAGUCUCGCGCAUUGGUUCACGCAUCUCAACUAUGUCAACCCGGUGGAAGCGCUCCCACUCUUCGGGCACUGAAAUUGAUGCGUUCCCAGACGAUCUACGAUCUCGCGCUGGCUCAGCCUCCUCCGCACUAGCCAGCCCCGUGGUCGGUCCUUUGAGCCGUGUCGAUUCAAUUCCUCCUUCGCCCGCUCGCACCAUCUUCGAGGAGCGUGUUAGCGACUCUGGCGCACGCCCAAUUGAUAUUACCCGGGCCAACAGCUUCAGCCAGGACGACAAUGACAAGCAGCAAGCCACGACUCCGCUUCUGCCGCCAUUGUUGGGAGACGACUCAACAAACAUUGUUUCCCGUGUUCAGUCGCCCCUGCAGUCGCCCUCGGUAGCCGAUGUCAGCGAGCCUCACCACUGGAGUGUGACUUCCGACCCCCGUUUCAUGGGAGUUCUUCCCUCACCCCCGCUUUCCUCCAAGCCAUCUGUGGCCUCGUUCAACCGGCCCCGAACUAGCACCUUACGCACUGUCUCGGGUGAAGCACCCCUGGUCCUUUCCGAUCCCAACGAUGAGUGGGCCAACAAGCUCGGUCACGCCAAUUUCACCAUCCAACCCGAGCCGUAUGUUCCCGUGAUUUGCGACAUUGGCAACUUCCAGCAGGUGCGCGCCGACUGGGAUAUUGCGCGAUGCAAUUUUGCCAAGCACCUUGUCCGUACUGGCGAGCAUUACGGUGUUACCUCUACUAUCUACAGGCUCACCAUUGAGAAGUGGGAGGUCAUCAACCGCGCAUGGCGCACCCAACACGAGGCCAUGCUCAACCAGCUCGGGGCACUAGAUGGUGUCGCCCUCACCUUGACCCAGUCUAACAUCGACCCAUGCGCAAAUGUCCGCAUUCCCGGUCUUCACGACAAGUUCCCCGAGAUGGGAGACGAGGACAUCGUCGGCCCAAUGACUGUCGCGCCAGCUACAGAAAUUGGCGGCCCAUGCCGAACUGAGAAGAAGAGGAAUUUCUUCCGCUUUUUCCAGGAUCUGGUCUCCCGACCUUAG